UUGUGAUAACGUGUUUAGUCAUUAACACAAUAUCACUGUCACAAAAUUAAAAAAUUGGUUGUUUUCAAUAGUUCAAUUAGCAAAAGUGUUAAAAUAUUUUUUAAAUUUGUAAUUAUUUCAUCUACUCAUUUACAUAAAAUGGCGGUAGAUAUGGAUUUAAAAAAUGUAAGUAAAACAACUAUAAUUAAAUAAUUAGUUACUAGUUUACUUCUUAUUCGAUAAAUUAAUAUAAUUAUGUAUUAUUAUUAUAGAUUAUGUAUCUGUAUUGUCUAAUAAAUUAUCAAAAUAAAAGUUGUAUAUCGAUUAAGAAAUAUAAUAAUUGAAUAAUAUAUUAACUUAAUUCAGUUAUUUCAAUAAAUCCAACAUUAUUUUAAUUAGUGUCACUAUGAGAAAAAGCAUUUUUUUUUUCUAUUAAAUAAGACUGUAUUUUUGGAGUAUAAAAUAUUAUGUGAAAAGAUAUUGAACAACAAAUUAACGUUGAAGUAGAUACUCUACAUAUUUUAAUCUAAGGAUCAUAUGCCCAUGGGCCGGUUUCAGCUGUCAAACUAACUGUUGUUAAGAAAAUAAAUUAGUUUUUAUUUAUGUGUCAUCCACAUCUAAUAAUAUCAAAUAACCUCUCUACCCCUCCCUAAACAAUUUUGGCCUGCGAUGUCAAAGCUAUAUCAGUUUUGUAGCACUAUAAAAAAUGGUUGAAAACCUCUGGUCUAGACUUACAAAAAAUUAUAAAACUAAACUUUAACUAAUUUAAACUUGUGUAAAACAUGAUUAUUUCAGGCGUUCAAAGAACUACAUGAAAAACUAUUAUAUGCAUCUCAACAAAUAAAAGUAGCCGAUUUACAAAUUGAUACCCUUCGUCGUACAAAGCAACAUAAUAUUCUCACUAAACAAGAAUUAGAGGUAUUGUAGUCAAUAAAUAUUGACAUAAUAUUUAUAUAUAUAUAUAUAUGCAUAGUACAUGUCAACCAAAUAUUCCUUGAUUAUGAUAUUUACCAGUAAUAAUAUAGGUACUUGUUAACGAUUAUCUGGCUUUUGAAACAAAUUGUUUAUACUGUUUAUUGAAUAAAUUUUAAAUUAUAUAAUUAGAUAGACAUGCACAAGAAACCAUGCGAGUGCAAAUCUAUAUAAUUAUAUUACUCUUUAUAAUAAAAGUGAACUAUUGUAAUAUAUAAUGGUUUAUUUUACUUAUAAGAUUUAAGAUAUCCAAGUUUAUUAUACUUGAAUUAAAUCCAGAUUUUAAAACUUGUAGAAUGUAUAAAAAAAACUCUUUUAUAUAUAUAAAUAUGUUUUUUUCAUAAUUUAAUACAAACAAUAAAUUAUAAUUUUAUAAAUUUAAUAUAGGUUAUUAGUCAAUUGUAAUUUUUAAAUGUAUCAAUUAUUUAAAAAAAAAAAUCCUUUGUGGAUUAAUAAUAACACGCUUGUAAAUCAAACAUCUACAAAAAUAUAAUUUCCUUUGAAAAUUGUUUGUAAUGUUAAUAUAAUUCUACAAGAAAUUUAAAAUUUAAAAUUUUGAAUUUCAUUUAUCUUUACUUUCUCAUUAUUAUUUUUUUUAAUCAUUUCAUACUCAUCUACCCUAAGAAAAGAGCUGGCUAUAAUCUCUAUGAGAAAGCUUUAAUUAUAAAAUAAAAGUUUUCAAAAUUAGGUACAACAAAUAUAUUUAAUGUUCCAUAAUGAAUAAAUUUUUUUUUUUUACAUUUUUAGAAAAUACCAAAAGAUGUGAACACAUAUGAAGCUUUAGGUCGAGCAUUUGUACUAACACCAAGGGAAGAAGUGUUCAAAAAUUUAGAUAAAUUUAAUAAUGAAACAGAAAAAAAAAUAUUUGCUUUAGAAGUAAAUCUACUGAUAAUUUAAAAUAAUGAAUAAAUAAAAUUUUAAUUUUUUUUUUGUUUAUUUUAGAAUUCUAAACAAUAUUUGGAAGGAAAUUUGAAAGAAAGUGAAAAUAAUUUGCGUGAAAUGGUGCAACGCAAAAGAGGAGACGUUGGCAGUGACAAAGAAAAUCAACCCAGCAGUUCUAAAGAUUAAUUUAAUUUGUUUUACAAUCUAAUUAACUUUUUUACAUAUUAAAUUUAACAACAGAAUAACUUUUAUAAUAUUAUUUUGGGUUUUUUUUUUUUUAUAUUUGUAACAUCGCCUUUAUUAACAAAACUUUUGUUAACAGAAGUUAUAUUUUAAUAAUAAUAUUUCAAUACUCUAAUUUUACUAUAACAAAUAACUCAUGUGUAUUUCUUACAUCAAUAUCUGUCAUACACAUACAAUUUUUUAGAUAAUUUAUUUGUUAUUUAAAAAUUCACUUUUAUAGUUAAUUAUUGAAUCAAAUUAGCUAUUAUUAUUAUCAUAUGUUUUCCUUCGUGAUUUUUCGAAUGCAAGCAAAAUAAAUUAAUUAUAAGUUAUAACUAUAUUUUGUUAACUAACAAGUACAACUAGUUCAUUGUGCCUGACAGAUCUAUAUGUACAUAAAGAGGUAUAUACGUUUUAUAGUAGCUCAUAUCAUAGCUAAUAAGUAAAAUGUAUAUUUUGAAACAAACAUUUCUUUUUUUUUUUUUAAAGAUUACUGUAGAAAAUGUAUUAUUUUAUAUAAGUAAUUUAUUGCAAUUCUGUUUCAACAAUAUAAAAAAAAAAAAGCAUUUAAUUUGACUUUAUACAAAUAUUUAUGAUUCAACAUAUUAUUUAUAAUAAGAGUAUUAAUGUAAGAUUAUUUAAUUUUCAGUUAUAUUAAUUUUGAUUAUAAACAAAUGUUUCC